CGGCACCCCGGGGUGGGACAGGCGCUAACCCAACCCACUCUGCUUCAGCGCCAUGAACGAACAGGACGCUGUGGUGAUUGUUUCGGCUGCGCGCAGUCCCAUCGGUUCCUUCAAUGGCUGUCUAUCGAGUCUGGCUGCCCAUCAGAUCGCAUCAGUGGUGAUAAAGGAAACCCUGAAGAAAGCAAAUAUACAACCAGAAGAUGUGUCUGAAGUGAUUUUAGGGCAUGUUUUUACUGCAGGCGAAGGACAGAACCCUGCCCGCCAGGCUAGUGUGGCUGCAGGGAUCCCCUACCAGGUCCCAGCGUGGAGCUGUCAGAUGGUGUGUGGUUCUGGACUGAAGGCGGUGUGUCUAGCUGCUCAAGCCAUCCUGACAGGGUGCUCUGACAUUGUGGUCGCUGGAGGCAUGGAGAGCAUGAGCAAGGCUCCACACAUGGUGCAGAUGAGAGCUGGACACAAAAUGGGCAACGCCUCCCUUCAAGAUAGCAUUCUGUGCGAUGGGCUGACGGAUGCAUUUCACAGUUACCACAUGGGAAUCACAGCGGAGAAUGUGGCCAAAUCAUGGAGUGUGAGCCGGGAAGCCCAGGACAGGUUCGCUCUGCAGUCUCAGGAGAGAACUGAGACAGCGCAGAAGUCAGGAUUUUUUGUGAAAGAAAUUGUCCCCAUCUCUGUGCCAUCCAGAAAAGGCACGAUCGAGGUGGUGGAUGAUGAGUUCCCCCGUCAUGGGAGUAGCUACGAAGCCAUGUCAGCUCUGAAGCCGUGCUUCUUAAGAGAUGGGACUGGCAGUGUCACUGCUGGUAAUGCCUCAGGAAUAAACGAUGGGGCUGCAGCUGUGAUUCUGAUGAAGAAAUCAAAGGCCCUUGAGAAAAGUCUGACACCUUUGGCACGCAUCGUAUCCUGGGCCCAGGCAGGUUUGGAUCCUGCCGUUAUGGGCACAGGCCCUAUCCCAGCCAUAAGGAAAGCGGUGGAGAAGGCCAAGUGGAAUCUGGAGAAAGUUGACCUGUUUGAAAUUAAUGAAGCUUUUGCAGCGCAAUCGAUCGCUGUUAUAAAGGAGUUGGGUUUGGACCCGGACAAGGUGAACAUCCAGGGUGGUGCCAUUGCCUUGGGCCACCCCCUGGCAAUGUCCGGCUGCCGUAUCCUCGUCACGCUGCUGCACGCACUGCAGCGGACAGGGGGAACUCGUGGGGUGGCUGCUCUGUGCAUCGGUGGUGGUAUGGGGAUAGCCAUGUGUGUUGAAACUCUGUAAAUCCAGCAAGAGGCUCGGCAGCAGACACCCGAAGGCUUGGUAGAGGGGGCAGGCAUUUCACACAAGGGACUGAUUGCGAGCUGCAUCAGUCACUGACACACUGGCCCAGAACACACUGUAGAGGUAAUGGCAGGUUCACAGCCCAUGACUUUGUGGAAAAGUACUUCUUGGUAAGGAAGACGUGCAGACGGAUGGUCAUAGAGUGAUGCGCAGGACAGGUCCUUUGUCCCCUUCAUGGCCGUGUCAACCAUCAAAUACCUGUUUACACUGAUUCCACUUGUUCAGUAUCAGAAAUUAUCUGGGUACUUCUGAAAUACUUCAGAAUAUUUCAUCACUUCCUCAGGCGAUGUGUCCAGGUACCAACCUUCCUCUUGGUGAUCAGCUUCUUGACAUCUCCUCUGAGCCCCUCUUACUCCUCACCUUAAUUCAGAGCCCUCUAGACCUAGGCACCUCACCAGAGAACGUUUCACUCGCCCCCUAAUCUAUAGAGGAUCAUUUUGUAUAGCUCCCUCAGCUUCCCUCUGUCUCCUCUGGUCCCAGUCAAUCUAGUAUUUUGCCAACAUUCCAUCCCAGGCAGAGUCCUGGUGACUCUUCUCGUCAACCCCUCCAGUGAAAUCAUGGCCUUCCUGUAGUGCACAGUAUUCUAGUGUCUUUUAUAAAGUCAUGCCAGGACCUCCCAGCACUUAGUCGUAGGAUCAUAGAGUGAGGAAGCAGCCCUUUGCUAAACUGCUCCUUGCUGACCAAGAUUCCUAUCAAAGCUUGUCACAUUUGGCCCACAGACCUUCAAACCUUUCUUAUCCAUUCACCUGGCCUAAUACCUUUAAGUUGUGUGCACCUUUUAAUGCACCUUCCUCAGUGAUUUUGUCUGGCAGCUCAUUCCAUAUACUGACCACACUCUGGAUGAAAAAAGUUGCCCCUCAGGUUCCCAUUAAAUCCCUUCCCCUCACUUUUGGUUCUUGAUUCACUAACCCUGGAAAAGAGGACUCUGCACGUUGACCCUAUCAAUCCGUCUCAUGAUUUUAUACACCUCGAAAAUAUCAUCUCCCAUUCUCCUAUGCUUCAUGAAAAAGUCCUAGCCUGCUCAAACUCUCCAUAAUUCAGUCCCUCAAGUUCCAGCAACAUCUCUUCAAAUCUUCUUUGCACUCUCUUUCUUAGAACUGGGUGACCAAAACUGAAUGCAAUAUUCCAAAUGUCUUUGACAUCAAUCUAUUCUACAACUGUGACACAACACACGCCAAUUUCUGUACUUGGUGCCCUGAGUAAUGAAGACGAGCCUGCCAAAGGCCUGCACCACCCUAUCUGCCUUUGUUGCCACUUUCAGGGAGCCAUGUACUUGUGCUCCGUGUUCCUUCUUUUCGACAACACUCCUCAGGGCCCUACCGUUCACUGUGAAAGUCCUACUGUUAUUUGUCUUCCCAAAAUUCAAAACCCCUCACCUAAGGUGAAUUAAACUCCAUUUACCAUUCUCAGCUGGCCAAGAUCCCUCUGUAAUUCCUGAUUCCCAGCUUCACUGUCCACUUUAGUGUCACCCGCAGACUUGUUACCCAUGCCUUGUACGUUCUCAUCCAAAUCACUGAUAUAUGAAGGUAUGAAUUGAUAUAGGGCAAAGGGACGAGCAUCAAGCCUUUGGGAUUCAGUUUGAAAAACAAACAACCACCAUCAGUGUCUGCUUCCAGCCAUCAAACCAAUUGUCUAUCCAAUUUAUUCUGUACCCUACCUAUCCCUCCAUGCCUUUACCCCACCCUAUCUACCCUAUCUGUCCCUCCAUGCCUUUACCCCACCCUAUCUACCCUAUCUGUCCCUCCAUGCCUUUACCUCACCCUAUCUACCCUAUCUGUCCCUCCAUGCCUUUACCCCACCCUAUCUACCCUAUCUGUCCCUCCAUGCCUUUACCCCACCCUAUCUACCCUAUCUGUCCCUCCAUGCCUUUACCCCACCCUAUCUACCCUAUCUGUC